CAGAGGCACCAAAGAAGAACAGCAGAAAAAAAAACUUGCUGCUUCUGCUUCUUAUCUUCUUGUGCUACUUCGUUCAUACAGGCACUGAUCACAAUGGAGAACAAAUCGCCCUCCUCAUGCGUCAGCCCAGCACCCACAUCCACCAUGUCAGCCGGCGAGAGCAGCUGGGCGAUGCACAUCGCAAACUUCCUGGCAACACCACAGGACAGGGAGAUGGAUCAACAAGCAGCAGUCUCUGGCUGUAGCUUUUUCUCCGGCUUCUCUUCUUCCUUUGAUUCCUUCGACGAUGACGUCUCCUUCAUCACGUCCGAGCUGAUGAUGUGUGACGACGACGAAGAGGAAGAUGAGUCUCUACAGGACACGGCUUGUUCCUCUGCAGCUGGCCAAAAGGUAGCUACCAUGGAAAAUUUUGAUAUCAAGGCAAUGUCAACCAUGGAUGCAAAAGAGUUCAACAUGCCCCACCUGGCCAAGUACUUGGAAGCUGUGGGUUCACAGCAGCAGGUGACGAAAGUAGAUCAACAACUGAUCAAUAGUUAUAGUAACAAUGAGAAGGCACUGUAUGAGAGUAAUGAGCUAAGGAAGAAAGGGCUUUGCUUGGUCCCUAUCUCCAUGUUGAUAAACUAUCUCGGAUGAUUACAGUUCAUGUAUUACCAGUAUUCAAUGCAAUUGUAUACUCCAAUUAUAUUAUAGUUCAUACAUCGCGCUCUUUUGUCA